AUGUGCAUAUGCAUUCUUCUUGGCGUUCUCACAAACGGGCAGCCCCCUCUGUCUGAGGGGGUAACGGCAAGGUGCAGUGAGAAUGCAGUGCAUGUAGAGGUGAGGAAAGAUCUGCUUGGAACUGAUGUAACCCUCAACACUGCUGCUCUCACACUGGGAGGCUGUGCUGCCAAAGGGGUGGAUGUUUCUUCCCAGUUCCUCAUCUAUGAAUCAGCACUGCAUGACUGCAACAGCAAGCUGAUUAUGACUGCAAAUGAGUUGGUCUAUAUCUUCACCCUUGGUAUGGCUCCAGGCCUAAGUGGCUCUCCACUUCUGAGAAGUGCUGGUGCUCAGGUUCUCAUUGAGUGUCACUAUCCAAGACUCCACAAUGUGAGUAGCAGUGGGCUCAUGCCUGCUUGGAUCCCACAUGCUUCUGCCCAAGCUGCUGAGGAGCUUCUUGUCUUUUCCUUGAGGCUCAUGAUGGAUGACUGGCUAUUCCAAAGGCCAUCCAACCAGUACUAUCUGGGUGAGCUUAUAAAUAUCGAGGCUUUGGUACUGCAGUUCCACCAUGUGCCCCUGCGUGUCCUUGUAGACAGCUGUGUGGCCACUCCUGUCCCUGACAUGAAUGCUGUCCCAAGAUAUUAUUUUAUUGAAAACCAUGGGUGCCUAAUUGAUGCCAAGCUUACACGUUCUGGUUCCCGUUUCAUGCCCUACACUCAAGCAGCUAAGCUGAGGUUUCAGCUGGACGCUUUCAGAUUUCAGCAAGGGAACAGUAGCUUGGUCUACAUUGCCUGCACCUUGAAGGCAACAGCAGCCUCUGCCCCUGCUGAGCACAAGGCUUGUUCUUGGACAACAGGUAUAUGGUCAGCACCACAUGCAGCAGUCCGGGUGUGCAGCUGUUGCAGCAGUAGCUGUGGAAGCAUGAGGAAGGGAUGUGAUCUGUCAUCAGAACAAGGCUUGCAGCUGGAAAAGGAAGUAAGCCUUGGCCCAAUUGUGGUUCUGGAAAAGGCUCUUUAG